ACACAAAUCAUCAGGCACUUCAGUAACAUCGUCCAAGCACUUAAGUAGCGUAGAUGGAUUAUGACGACAUUAUCGCGGAUUUGGAUUCCUUCGGUAAAUACCAGCGGCGUAUUUUUUUCUUUGUUUCCAUACCGUGUUUGUUUACAGGAUUUGGAGCUCCUGCUACGAACUUUAUUAUAGGUGACCACAAGCACAGGUGUCGAAUCCCAUACUAUGACAAUGACACGUUUGCUGUACAGUCAGACGUACAUUUGGCAGCCAUUAAUAGAACAAUACCAAGGAAUUCCGAUGGAACAUAUUCAUCGUGCACUGUGUUGAUGAAUGGAACAGAACAGAAGUGUUCAGAAUGGGUAUACGAUCAAUCACAAUUCACGCGCACUGUGACGUCUGAUUUCAACCUUGUGUGCGAUUCACUCCACAUCCGUUCACACCUGAAGAUCACCUAUUUGAUAGGAUUCCUGGUGGCCUCAAUGUUUUCCCAAAUUGGGGAUGUGUAUGGAAGACGGACUCUGAUGUUGAUCAUAAUCACUGCCAGAGCAGUAACUGUCUUCAUCCUCCCGUUUUCAAAUAGCCCGGCCAUGUUUGGGACAUUGAGAUUCUUUGAGGGGUUAACUUCCCUUGCCUCCUACCAGUUGUCGUUUGUAAUUGUGAUAGAAUUGGUUGGCCCAGCGGAGAGAUUAUUGACGGCCAACUUUUCCAAGGUUCUGUACUGUUUGGGAGAAUUUCUGCUGAUCUUACUUGCUUAUGUGGAGAGAGAUUGGGUAUACCUAACUCUAUGGCUGGCCAUUCCCUCUGUUGCACCGAUCCUGUUCUGGAUACCAGGUGUGAUUCCAGAAUCCCCGCGUUGGCUGACGUCACGUGGAAGAACAGAGGAGGCCACGAAGAUCCUGACUAAGAUGGCGAAAGUUAACAAAAUUAAAAAGAAUUUCGAUGCUAGUAAAAUCAAACGACAGGAUGAUCGAGGAAUCAAAGUUAUCCUGGGAGAACUUCUACAUUCCAAAAUCCUGAUGAAGAGACUACUGAUAGUCCUAGCGAACUGGUUUGUAGCCGCAUACACAUACUAUGGUCUGACUAUGAACGUUGGGUCACUUGGCGGGAAUUUGUAUGAGAACUUCUCUCUUCUCGUGCUAGUUGAAUUGCUUGGGUACACUGUAACAUACUUCUUGAACAAGACAGGAAGGAAACCCGUGCACCUUCUGGCUAUAUUUGGAUGUGGUGCUGUUUCAAUUGGAUCUAUUCUGCUUAUUCUCUUUGCGGAAAACACCCUGUAUUCAGUGCACAUCGUCCUUUCCCUAUUCUCCCGGUUCUGUAUAUCUGCUCUCUUUGCUGUGUUGUACGUGUACACCGGGGAACUAUUCCCAACCGUGAUCAGAAGCAUAGUGAUGGGAACUGCCAGUAUUGGCGCCAGAGUCGGAGCGCUGAUAUCACCCUACCUAUAUGGCAUCACUGAUGACAAGGUAGGGAAAAUGUUGCCAUUAAUCACAUACGCCGUCCUUUCGAUAACCGUGGGACUGUGCUCUCUGAAAUUACCCGAGACAAACAAAAGGAAGUUGAUGGAAACAGUGGGAGAAAUAGAGCUGAAAGAGGUGGGUAAAGCUGAGGAUGUUGAAGAUCUAGACGAGCCGUCAGAUAGAUUGCCUCUCCAAUGGAAUCCCUCUGCUUAGAUGAUUUAUUAUCACUACUUAGAAAAACCGGCAGAACUCAGUAUUUUGUGAAUCUGUGAAUACAGACAAUAUGAUUCGACUAAAUUCUUGUUUACAAUGCAAUAUGCAUAUUUAUGUAUAUUCAAAUACAAUUGUUAUUUGCUAUA